CUGUUUGGGACGCUCAGUUGAUCUGGCAAGGAACAGGUUUAGUAUCUCGGGCCUUAGUAGCCCCAAAUCUCUCAUUUAGAGAGCAUCAAGGGGCGUGGGCAACACCACAUUCCCACUUAGUGUGUGGAGGAUCUCCCUACCCAGGCUGGGACUUCUGGGGUAGACGAAGACCCAGGGCCCCUGGAGGAGCUGGUCCAGGGGACCGAACUCCCCGUGUCUCCCCAGAGCAGAGCAUGACUGUCCUCCUGCCGCUGCUGCUGGGCCUCAGCCUGGGCUGCACCGGAGCAGGUGGCUUUGUGGCACACGUGGAAAGCACCUGUCUGUUGGAUGAUGAUGGGAAUCCAAAAGACUUCUCAUAUUGCAUCUCCUUCAACAAGGAUUUGCUGACCUGCUGGGAUCCCCUGCAGGCCAGUAUGGUUCCUCGUGAAUUUGGGGUGCUGAACGGCUUGGCCAAGUACCUCUCACAGUUCCUCAACAGUAACGAUGCCCUGAUCCAGCGCUUGUCCAAUGGUCUGCAGAACUGUGCUGCGCACACCCAGCCCUUCUGGAGCUCUCUGACCCACAGGACACGACCGCCGACCGUGCAGGUAGCCAAAACCACUCCUUUUAACACGAGGGAGUCUGUGAUGCUGGCCUGCUACGUGUGGGGCUUCUACCCAGCGGAUGUGAUCAUCACAUGGAGGAGGAAUGAGCAGGAGGUCCUCCCUCACGGCAGGGCCCACAAGAUCGUCCAGCCCAAUGGAGACUGGACGUACCAGACCGUCUCCCAUUUGGCCACAACCCCCUCUCUUGGGGACACCUACACGUGCGUGGUCGAGCACAUGGGGGCUCCUGAACUCAUCCUUCAGGACUGGACUCCUGGGCUGUCGCCUGUGCAGACGGUGAAGGUUUCCUUGUCGCUGGUAACGCUCGUCCUGGGCCUCAUCGUCUUCGUUUUUGGUCUGCGCGGUUGGCGGAGAGCCACCUCCUCCGGCUACAUUUUCCUCCCGGGGUCCAAUUAUCCAGAAGGUCAGCACAAUUGAUAGAGGCAGAACCCUACAGCUUUCUCGCCACGUGACAAGGAGAUCCGAACUCUUGGCACACUGCUGGGGCCCUCCAGCUCCUCCAGCCCUCCACAUCUUCUCGACCCUAUGGUUUCUCUAUUUAAGUCUUUGAAUUUCCCAGUCUUCCCUAUGUGAGGGCUUCCCUUGUGGCUCAGCUGGUAAAGAAUCCGCCUGCAAUGCAGGAGACCUGGGUUUGAUCCCUGGGUUGGGAAGAUUCCCUGGAGAAGGGAAAGGCUACCCACUCCAGUAUUCUGGCCUGGAGAAUUCCAUAGACUGUAUCGUCCAUGGGGUCACAAAGAGUUGGACACGACUGAGCGACUUUCACUUCACUUCAUUUCACUUCCCUAUGUGAACCUUGGGGGAACUCACUCCUGCUAAGAAUAUUCCAUAACCAAGGUGCUGUCCAUAGGCAGAGCCCAAGGCUAAAUAUCUGGGGUGAAUAUCAUCUGGGGAGGAAGGUCAAAGACCCUCUUGGGGGCCCCCCUGUGUCACAGAGGGCAUGAAUCACUGUUGAUUGCCUCUGAGGAAUAAACUGGUGGAAUCCUG